AUGAUCGGCAGACUCGCCCACUACGCAUUCGACGCCGUUCUCGUCAGCACCUUGCUGGCCGGCGUGAGACGCUCGAGCGGAUUCAUCGUGGAGACUGAGAAGAUAUCCGAUCCCACCUUCCGCUCUGUCGCCGACAAGUAUCUCGGCGUCGGCGAGACCGUUUUCGACAUGGUCCAGGGCACUGUCGUCAACAGCUCCUACUUCAAGCGCGACUCGAGGAGAUGA